AUGGCAGAGGUUCUCUAUAAUAAGGCCGCCAACGACGGGACCAAACUAUUAAACAAUCGGAAUAUAUCAUUUAGCAAUAACACUCUUCAAGACACUCAGGAACACAUUAUACAAGAAGAUAACAAACAUCAUACAAACUCAAGAUCCAGGCCUGAGGUGACAGGAUCCAGGCCUCAGGUGACAGGAUCCAAGCCUGAGGUGACAGGAUCCAAGCCUGAGGUGACAGGAUCCAGGCCUGAGGUGACAGGAUCCAGGCCUGAGGUGACAGGAUCCAGGCCUGAGGUGACAGGAUCCAGGCCUCAGGUGACAGGAUCCAGACCUCAGGUGACAAGAUCCAGGCCUCAGGUGACAAGAUCCAGGCCUCAGGUGACAGGAUCCAGGCCUCAGGUGACAGGAUCCAGGCCUCAGGUGACAGGAUCCAGGCCUCAGGUGACAGGAUCCAGGCCUCAGGUGACAGGAUCCAGGCCUCAGGUGACAGGAUCCAGGCCUCAGGUGACAGGAUCCAGGCCUCAGGUGACAGGAUCCAGGCCUCAGGUGACAGGAUCCAGGCCUCAGGUGACAGGAUCCAGGCCUGAGGUGACAGGAUCCAGGCCUGAGGUGACUGGAUCCAGGCCUGAGGUGACAGGAUCCAGGCCUGAGGUGACAGGAUCCAGGCCUGAGGUGACAGGAUCCAGGCCUGAGGUGACAGGAUCCAGGCCUGAGGUGACAGGAUCCAGGCCUGAGGUGACAGGAUCCAGGCCUGAGGUGACAGGAUCCAGGCCUGAGGUGACAGGAUCCAGGCCUCAGGUGACAGGAUCCAGGCCUCAGGUGACAGGAUCCAGGCCUCAGGUGACAGGAUCCAGGCCUCAGGUGACAGGAUCCAGGCCUCAGGUGACAGGAUCCAGGCCUCAGGUGACAGGAUCCAGGCCUCAGGUGACAGGAUCCAGGCCUGAGGUGACAGGAUCCAGGCCUGAGGUGACAGGAUCCAGGCCUGAGGUGACUAGAUCCAGGCCUGAGGUGACAGGAUCCUGGCCUGAGGUGACAGGAUCCAGGCCUCAGGUGACAGGAUCCAGGCCUCAGGUGACAGGAUCCAGGCCUCAGGUGACAGGAUCCAGGCCUCAGGUGACAGGAUCCAGGCCUCAGGUGACAGGAUCCAGGCCUCAGGUGACAGGAUCCAGGCCUCAGGUGACAGGAUCCAGGCCUCAGGUGACAGGAUCCAGGCCUCAGGUGACAGGAUCCAGGCCUCAGGUGACAGGAUCCAGGCCUCAGGUGACAGGAUCCAGGCCUCAGGUGACAGGAUCCAGGCCUCAGGUGACAGGAUCCAGGCUUCAGGUGACAGGAUCCAGGCCUGAGGUGACAGGAUCCAGGCCUGAGGUGACAGGAUCCAGGCCUGAGGUGACAGGAUCCAGGCCUCAGGUGACAGGAUCCAGGCCUCAGGUGACAGGAUCCAGGCCUCAGGUGACAGGAUCCAGGCCUCAGGUGACAGGAUCCAGGCCUCAGGUGACAGGAUCCAGGCCUCAGGUGACAGGAUCCAGGCCUCAGGUGACAGGAUCCAGGCCUCAGGUGACAGGAUCCAGGCCUCAGGUGACAGGAUCCAGGCCUCAGGUGACAGGAUCCAGGCCUCAGGUGACGGGAUCCAGGCCUCAGGUGACGGGAUCCAGGCCUCAGGUGACGGGAUCCAGGCCUGAGGUGACGGGAUCCAGGCCUGAGGUGACAGGAUCCAGGCCUGAGGUGACAGGAUCCAGGCCUGAGGUAAUAGGAUCCAGGCCUGAGGUGACAAGAUCCAGGCCUCAGGUGACAGGAUCUUAUAUAUCACCUUCAAAGCAGACCUGA